ACAAAACUCUCGCUGUCUCUCCUUUUUAGUUACUAAAAAUCUCUUUCACGUUUUUCACCUUCCAGAUCUCAUUUUAUCUUCUCGCCGAACACGCUCACGGGAACAAGCAAAGCAUAAAGAAGGAGGAGGAUACUUCGCAUGGUCUCUGAUCAGAACAACCAACCCUAAUCCAAAUUCAUCGAUCGGAGGACAAAUCCAAUUCCAAUUAAGUGAGUGAGAGAGAGAGGAUGGAGCAGCUGAAGACAAUAGGGAGAGAGCUAGCGAUGGGAUCACAAGGAGGAUUCGGCCAGUCGAAGGAGUUUCUCGAUCUGGUCAAAUCGAUCGGAGAGGCACGAUCCAAAGCCGAGGAAGACCGAAUCGUGCUGAGCGAGAUCGACACACUCAAACGGAAGCUCCUGGAGCCAGACAUCCCCAAGAGGAAGAUGAAAGAGUACAUCAUCCGCCUCGUCUACAUCGAGAUGCUCGGCCACGACGCUUCCUUCGGCUACAUCCACGCCGUCAAGAUGACGCACGACGACAGCCUCCUCCUCAAACGCACCGGUUACUUGGCCGUCACGCUCUUCCUCAACGAGGAUCACGAUCUCAUCAUCCUCAUCGUCAACACGAUUCAGAAGGAUCUAAGGUCCGAUAACUACCUCGUCGUCUGCGCGGCGCUUAAUGCGAUAUGUAGGCUGAUCAAUGAGGAGACGAUACCGGCGGUUUUGCCUCAGGUGGUUGAGUUGCUUAACCACGGGAAGGAAGCUGUGAGGAAGAAAGCUAUUAUGGCUUUGCAUAGGUUUCAUCGCAAGUCUCCUUCUUCGGUUUCGCAUUUGAUCUCUAAUUUCAGGAAGAGGUUGUGUGAUAAUGAUCCGGGAGUGAUGGGUGCGACGCUCUGUCCUCUCUUUGAUCUCGUUAGUGAAGAUGUUUCUUCGUACAAGGAUUUAGUUAGUAGUUUCGUCAGCAUUCUCAAACAGGUCACUGAGAGAAAGUUGCCAAAGAGUUAUGAUUACCAUCAAAUGCCUGCACCCUUCAUCCAGAUCAAGUUGCUCAAGAUAUUGGCUCUGCUGGGUAGUGGUGAUAAGAGCGCGAGUGAAAUCAUGUAUAUGGUGCUUGGAGAUUUGUUCAGAAAGUGUGAUUCCUCUACCAAUAUAGGAAAUGCCAUCCUUUAUGAGUGUAUUCGCUGUAUCUCCUGUAUAAUUCCAAGCCCCAAACUGUUGGAAGCUGCUGCUGAUGCUAUCUCCAAGUUUUUGAAGAGUGAUAGUCACAAUCUGAAAUACAUGGGGAUUGAUGGUCUUGGUCGAUUGAUAAAAAUAAGCCCUGACAUUGCUGAGCAGCACCAACUUGCUGUGAUAGAUUGUUUGGAGGAUCCAGAUGAUACACUAAAGAGGAAAACUUUUGAAUUGCUGUACAAAAUGACCAAGUCCUCUAAUGUUGAAGUGAUUGUAGACCGAAUGAUUGAUUACAUGAUUAGUAUCAAUGACAAUCAUUACAAAACUGAGAUAGCAUCUCGUUGUGUUGAGUUGGCCGAACAAUUCGCUCCAAGCAAUCAAUGGUUCAUCCAGAUUAUGAACAAAGUCUUCGAGCAUGCAGGAGAUCUGGUAAAUGUUAAGGUGGCGCAUAAUCUGAUGCGUUUGAUUGCUGAAGGAUUCGGAGAAGAGGAUGACGAUGCAGACAGCAAGCUUAGAUUAUCAGCUGUAGAAUCGUACUUGCAGAUUAUCAGUGAGCCAAAGCUCCCAUCCCUGUUCCUUCAGGUCAUUUCUUGGGUGUUGGGGGAAUAUGGCACAGCUGACGGGAAGUAUUCUGCCUCCUAUAUCACUGGAAAGCUGUGCGAUGUGGCUGAUGCAUACUCAAGUGAUGAAACUGUUAAGGGAUAUGCUGUUUCUGCACUGAUGAAGAUUUAUGCAUUUGAAAUUGCAUCUGGGAGAAAGGUGGAUGUUUUGCCAGAGUGCCAAUCUUUGAUCGAGGAGCUACUUGCUUCACAUUCAACAGAUCUGCAGCAACGUGCAUAUGAACUUCAGGCUCUUCUUAGUCUAGAUGCCCGUGCUGUGGAGAGUAUUCUACCUUUAGAUGCUAGUUGCGAAGAUAUCGAGGUUGAUAAGGAUCUUUCAUUUCUCAAUGGCUACAUCCAACAAGCUAUCGAGAGUGGAGCGCAACCUUAUAUUUCUGAGAGAGAGCGCUCUGGUAUGCUGGAAACAACUGAUUACCAUUCCCAAGAUCAUCAUGAGGUUCCAUCUCAUGCUCUUAGAUUUGAAGCCUAUGAACGUCCAAAGCCAGCAUCAGUGCCAACACAAGCUUCGACCGAGCUUGUUCCAGUACCCGAGCCUUCUUAUUACAGAGAGGCACACCAGCCGAUUUCAACUUCUUCCGUGUCUGAAAGAGAGUCAUCAGAUAUCAAGCUGAGACUCGAUGGAGUUAAACAAAAAUGGGGUAGACCCAGCUAUCAGUCGUCCACAUCCGCUUCUUCUACUCCUCCGCAAGCAGCAAAUGGUACCAGUAGUCACCCGGACGUUGGAGUUGGCUCAUCUAGCUUAAAACCUCGAAGCAGUUAUGAAUCAAAGAAACCCGAAAUUGAUCCUGAGAAACAGAGACUCGCUGCAUCCUUGUUUGGUGGAUCAUCAUCGUCAAGAUCUGAUAGAAAGUCAUCUUCUGGUGGACACAAGCCGGCAAAAGGAACAGCUAACAAACCCCCCAAGGAAAAUCCAAUCCCUGUUCAGCCGCCACCAGACUUGCUCGACUUUGGCGAGCCAACUGCUACAAGUGUAACAGCAACGGAUCCUUUUAAAGAGUUGGAAGGGCUUAUGGAUUCUUCGAGCCAAGAUGGUGGUUCAACCGAUGUGAUGGGACUAUACUCAGAUGCAGCGCCUGUGACCACAACCACAAGUGUUGACUCUCUCUUAUCAGAACUGUCUGAUAGCUCCAAAGGGAACCCAGGCAUAUAUCAAUCCCAAACCUCAAAAGGACUAAACUCAAAGGAAGCUCUCGAGAAAGAUGCUCUUGUUAGACAAAUGGGUGUGAACCCAACAAGUCAGAACCCUACACUGUUCAAAGAUCUCCUCGGCUAGCAGAACCAUUCUCCGACCAAACCAUCCAUCGACUCACAUCAUCAUCAUCAACAACGUCGCCACCUUCUCAUACUUGGUAAUGCGCUGUGGAGUUUGGGGAUUAGUAUGUUUCUGAUUCAAGAACAGCUUUUUGUUGUACCUAUGUUGCUUCUCAAUAGAAACUUUCAGUUUACAAAACACAAAGAGAGAGAGGUAAGUCACGUUUCAAGUUUUUUUUUCUUUCAAUGGUUCCUCUUUUUUUUUUCUGGAGUAUCAGUGAAUGGUUACCGUACGGCCGUUGAGUUUGAGCUUCUCUUGUUGUGUUUAUAGAACAUUUGUAUUGUCUUUUUACUUCUUAGAGGUGUUUGAUAUUUCUUAUAAAAUAUACACUUCCUUUCAGAAUAAAAGAUUUAAGUGUAGGAAUA